CGCGCCGGUGCGACGUCAACGCAGCCAACUAAGCUCCCGGGACCUGUGUGCCGCGGCCCGGCCGGGCCUGAGUCCUCCUAGGGCCCGGGUCGGGCGGUUCGCUGAGUUCGCUCUGCGGCCGCCAUGGAUAACUCGGGGAAGGAAGCGGAGGCGAUGGCGCUGCUCGCCGAGGCGGAGCGCAAAGUGAAGAACUCGCAGUCCUUCUUCUCCGGCCUGUUCGGGGGCUCAUCUAAGAUAGAGGAGGCCUGUGAGAUGUAUGCCCGAGCAGCCAACAUGUUCAAGAUGGCCAAGAACUGGAGCGCUGCCGGGAGCGCCUUUUGCCAGGCCGCCCAGCUGCAUCUACAACUGCAGAGCAAGCAUGACGCAGCCACCUGCUUUGUGGACGCCGGCAACGCGUUCAAGAAAGCCGACCCCCAAGAGGCCAUCAACUGUCUGAUGAGAGCCAUCGAGAUCUACACGGACAUGGGCCGGUUCACCAUCGCAGCCAAGCACCACAUCUCCAUCGCCGAGAUCUACGAGACAGAGCUGGUGGACAUCGAGAAGGCCAUUGCCCACUACGAGCAGUCCGCGGACUACUACAAAGGCGAGGAGUCUAACAGCUCAGCCAACAAGUGUCUGCUGAAGGUGGCCGGCUACGCCGCGCAGCUGGAGCAGUAUCAGAAAGCUAUCGACAUCUAUGAACAGGUGGGGACCACCGCCAUGGACAGCCCCCUGCUCAAGUACAGCGCCAAGGACUACUUCUUCAAGGCGGCCCUGUGCCACUUCUGUAUCGACAUGCUCAACGCCAAGCUCGCUGUCCAGAAGUACGAGGAGCUGUUCCCAGCCUUCUCUGAUUCCCGGGAGUGCAAGCUGAUGAAAAAGUUGUUGGACGCCCACGAGGAGCAGAACGUGGACAGCUACACGGAGUCGGUGAAGGAGUACGACUCCAUCUCGCGGCUGGACCAGUGGCUGACCACCAUGCUGCUCCGCAUCAAGAAGUCCAUCCAGGGCGACGAGGAGGACCUGCGCUAGGCUUGCUGCCCUGGGGCGCCGCGGGCUGGGCCUGCCCGCCGGACAGUCACCCAUUCUCGCCGUGUCCCUCGCCCCCUGCCCAUGUAUUUAAGCCCCCGAGGUGCCUGUCUGCACCCCAGAACCGGCUAUACAAACCUCCGGAUUCCGACCUCUCUGCUCUGGGUGCCGCCGGGGACCGGGGUCGGCCUGGGCGCCCUGUCCCGACCACUGGGUCGUGAGGCCGGAGUCUGACUCUGCCGGUGUCCCCGAGACUUGCCCCUCCCUGCCUGGGCCCUAGCAGCCCCAACCUCUCAGGUUAGACCCGAGGCCCUGCAACUGCUCCUGCCCUAACGCUCUGAGGUUUUGUUGGCCAGAAGCUGCAGUUGGCUCAAGAAAGAAAAUAAAAAAUACCACUUUUG